GAUGGAGCAGGUUGUGCGGAAAGCGGCUCCCAAAGUCUGCUUCGAGUUAGGUUGCUACGUCGGUGUGUCGGCAAUGGCAGUAGCUAGACAUAUCCCACCCGGAGGCCGUCUGAUCACGGCGGAGAUUGACGCGAAGUACGCCGAAGUGGCCCGAGAAAUGGUUCGCUUUGCUGGUCUUGAUAAGGUCAUCACUGUCGUAAACGGAAGAGCAGAUGACGUCAUCAAAGUCCUCCGCAGCGAGUACUCCGUGGACAAGCUGGAUUUGGUCGUUUUGGACCACAGCAAGUGGUUGUACAAGACCGACAUCAAGGAGUUGGAAAAGGAGCGACUCCUUCGCAAGGGAACGGUUAUAAUAGCUGACGACUGCCUGUGGCCUUGCGCCCCAGACUACCUGAACUAUGUGGAGAAUGAUCCCAGGUACCAGACGGAACGAUUUUACAGCAUAGCGCUUCCGGGCUUAUUCGACGCACCCGACGCCAUAGCAAUAUCUACUUACAAGGGAGAUGAUUAUGACUAGCAAUUAGUGAUAACCAUAACUUGAGGUUACAGCGGAUGGCUCUUAUAAGCAAUUAAAGGAUUAAAAAAGAAAUAGAAAUAUACUAAACGAAUAAUGCGCAUGUGCGGCAAAAUGUACCGUUUGGAGCAAAAGCUCUUUGCGAUAUACCAGGCAAGAUAUUGGACGGAGGGGUACCCCCUUACCUGACCAAUCCCUAUACA